AUGGGCAAGAGCAACAAUCAGAUAAAUAAGCAGCAUCGUAAAUCCAAAGAAAAAAAAGAAAAAAAGAAAAGAUCCAAAGAAGAGCACUUCAAGCGCAAACACAAAGAAGAAGAAAAAAAGAAAGCAGAAAAAUUUGAAGCAGAAAGGUACGAUUUAGACGACUUUGCUUACAAGAAGCUAUUAAAAAAUAUCAGCGAGCUAUUAACUUAUAGCCAAGAAACUAAGGAAGCCAUCCCACAGCUGUUUUCUAUGCUAGACUCAGGCCAUGAAGUAGACUUAACAGACAUUGAAGAUGGCUUUGUAAGAGAACAUCUUGAAAAAAUCAUGGAAAUCUUUGAAAAACAAGUCACAAAAACUGAAGAUGAAGAUGGAAGGUUCGUAUAUGUGAGAUCAGGGAAAAAAAGUUUGGAAAAUCAAAUCAAGUUGUAUAUAGAAAACAGCAGCAGCGACUCUAAAAGGGAGCAAUGGAUGACCUCAAUGUCCUCCAGCCUAGAAACUGCCUACAACUUACCAGUCCCCAAGGCCAAAAAACCAGAGCCUGAAGAAAACCAAGAAGAAAUCCGAAGCUUUAUGCACAAAUAUGAUCAUGAAAAUCGGCCUAAGUCUCUUAUGGAGCUUCACCAAGAAAAGCAUGGAAUCUCCCAAGACUCCAACACAGACCAAUACCUGUAUGGCCACAAAACUCUUGAUAAAAGGUUCGGGAAAGGGAAAUUUUACACCAGUUUUUCUUAA